AUGAGCGGGAUCGAUCACUUUAUUCAGCUGCUGCGCAAGCAGCGGGAGGAGCGGCAUGGCGGCACUGACGCGGUUGCCCGCUUCCUGGUCACCAAGCUGUCUUGGCGGGGCAACUACCGCCGCCUGCUCACCAUCCAGCCCACCCACAUCACCACCCUGUACCCCGACAGCCUGGCAGUGACCAACAGCUGGGCGUUUGCGGGCGACCACGACCUGGCGGGUGUGGAGGUGGGGGGCGAGCACGCAGAGGGCGGACUGCUCACCCUGCACUUCCGCCGCGACAAGAAGGGCAUCAGCUCCAAGGAUGUGAGGUUUGCGUGCCGGGACCGUACCGCCCUGCUCAGCCUGCUGUACCGCGGCAUGGAGCUUGCCGUGGCGCGCGGCAGCUGCGGCCUGGGCCCCACCGUGCUGGGGCAGCCGGAGGAGUUCCGAGGCCACAAGCUACGCAAGGGGCGCUGGCAGGCGGUGCUGCUGCGGGUCACGGCGCACGCAGUGGAGCGGGUGGACCCCGGCAGCGGCAUGGUGAAGUGGCGGCUGGAGUACCGCCACAUGGCGUCGCCCGCAGCCCGGCUGCUGGUGCCCGGGGAGGGGCAGCCCCCGGGCCAGGGCGCGUUUGCGCUGUUUGGCAAGACGGGGCGCUCGCCGCGGGUGUACUGCUGCACAGGGCGGGACGGCUUCCUCAAGGCCAUGCAGACCGCGGCGCUUCGCAAGCUGGGCCUCACCCUGGCUGUGGACGGCAGCGCGGCGCUGGAUGGCGCCUGCCUGCUGGCUGCGGUGGCCGGCGCGGAGCGCGAGCGGGCGGCCUCGGAGGGCGAUGCGCCGCUGGGGGAGUGGGAGGUGAUGCGGGUGAAGGAUCUGUUGGAUGCAGGCGACCUGGCGGCCUCCCGUGCGGCGGCCGACGUGGGCGGGUGGAGCGGCGUGGCGCAGCGGCGCCUGGUGCUGACGCGGGGCGGCCUGCUGGAGCGGCGGCCCGGGGACUAUGAGGUGGCCGAGUGGCGCCAGCUGCCCGCGGUGGCGGCGCUGGUGCGGUUUGCCGAGGACCCUCAAUGGUUAGCUGUGGAGUGGGCAGACGGCACGCCCGCUGCCACCUACGUCACCCCGGCACGCGACGCGCUGCUUGCUGCGGUGCUGGACGCCGCACAGGCGGCGGCUGGGCGCCCCAUCCCCGUGCUCAGCCAGCCCACCACGCCUGGGGACGUCAUCGUGGUGCAACGGGCGCAGGCGGUGGCGGCGCCUGCCGUGGCCGACGAUGCUGAGCUGGACAAGCUCUGCCUACACCAGCUGAACGCCGCCGCCCGCGACUUCAUGGCAGCCGGAGGAGGCUCCACCUCGCUCACAGCGCUCGCACUGGUGGGCCUGACGGCGGCGUCCGCGGCCUCUCCCGCUGCCGCCACAGCCGCAGCCUCAGCGGCAUCGUCGGGUGGCGGUGGCGGAGGCGGCGACGCAGCGGCGGCAGAGGAGGCGGGCGCCGAGGCCGGCGGCAGCGGCUCGCCCCAUGGCUCAGCCAACAGCCUGACCAGCCUGCUGAGCCCAGGGCCGGCUGCCGCCAGCGGGCGCUCCGGCUUCAUGCACCGCGCCUUUGCCCGCCAUCCAGCCGGCGGCGGCGGCGGCGGCCCCAGCGGCGCCAGCGCCGGCGCCGGGGCGCACCACGCCAGCGACGGCGCCAGCUCAGCAGCAGCGGCCGACGCCUUUGCCGUCUUCCAGCAGCGGGUGCGGGAGUUCAACGCGUGCGUGCCCUAUGCCGGGCUGCAGCCGGGCUGCCGCGUGGACGACGUGGUGAUCCUCGCCCUGCUGGCACACCUGCCCCGCCAGCAGCCCUCGGGGCACGGGCUGGGUCCUGACGAGGCGAGGCUCGCGGUGGCGGCCCUGCAGUGCCUGCAGCGCCUGGCGAGCGCCAGCGUGGCGAAAGGGGGAAGUGGCGCGGUGGGCAUGUCACAGAUCAUCGGUGCCGCGGGCGGGGCGGGCCGCAUCUUUGCGGCGCUGCUGUCGGGCCACAGCCACGCGGCGGCCGAGGCGGCGCGCCUGCUGCUGCGCUUCUUCGCCCCCGCCGCGGCGCGCAGCGGCGCGGGGCCGUGGGCAGGGGCUGCGGGGCCCGCACGCGCAGGCAGCGAGGCUGGGGAGCCGAGCGAGGAGGAGCGUGCGGCGGCGCAUGCCGCCAAGAGUGUCUGCUUCAUCUCACACAGCAGGCGGGCGCUGCUGCUGUGCGCGGCGCUGGUGCGCGUGCUGCGCCAGGCGCACGUCGCCCCGCUGCUGAGCAUGGCGGUGGCGGAGGCGGCGGCGGCGGUGGUGUGUGAGCCGGGGAGUAGGACCACGGAGCAGUCGACCCUGGAGGCGAUCGUACAGGAGGCGGCGGCGCUGGGCUCGCCCCUCUUCUCCCUGUUCUCCCACCCCGCCCCGCGCGUGGCGCACGCGGCAGCGCUCAUCAUGCGGGCGGUGGCGGAGGGCGGCGCAGAGGCGGCGCAGCCGAUGCGGGGGGCCGCCCUGACAGAGGGCGCGAUCCUGACGCACCUGCUGAGCGCGGUGAGCCCGCGUGGCAGGGCGCACAGCGUGCUCAGCAGGGACCUGGUGGCGGUGUGGGCCGACGAGUAUGCCCCCGCCCUGGGCCUCCUGAAGCGCAUCUUUCCACCAGGACUCAUCCGGUACCUCAACCAGCGCCGCCAGCAGCCGCAGCGGAAGCAGCAGCAGACGCAGGAGGCGGCAGCCCCGGCAGCCGCUCCCGUGGCGGGUGUAGGAGACACGGCGGCGGAGCAGCAGCCCGCGGCUGGAGCCGUGCCUGCGGCGGCAGCGGCAGACGAAGCAGGCGGCCUGGCCCAGCAGGCGGCGCAGGCUGCCGCUGGGCAGGCGCCCCCAGCAGCUGGCGGCGACCCUCUGCAGCAGGCGCAGCCACAGCAGGGCCAGGACGUGCAGCAGCAGCAGCAGGAGCAGCGAGAGCAGCAGCAAGCCGACGCUGGCGUCAAGCAGCGCUAUCUGGAGCCCCAGCUGCCGCCCCGCCCAGGCACCCUGCGUGGGAACUGGGAGGCGUUUUGGGCGGCGGUACAGCGGGACCACAGCCAUGCUGCCCUGAUCUGGAACGAGGGGACCCGAGCUGAGCUGCGGGAGGCGCUGCAGGCGGAGGAUGCUUCGCUGCGGCUGGCCCGCCAGCGGGGCGCCGACGCGGCCUCCUUGUCGGCGGCAGACGGCGGCGGCGGCGGCGGCCUGUGCUGGAACCAUGCUGAGUUCAGGGUGGCCUACCCCUCGCUGAGCAAGCACCUGUGCAUCGGCGGCAUCUACGUGCGCCUGCUGCUGGAGCCGGGGCCCGGUAGUGGCGGCGCCGGCAUCGUCGAGCGGCUGCCCGCACCUCGCGAGUUCUUCGCCGCAGCCCACCACCGCCUGCUGUGCCUGGGGGACGCCUCGCUGGCUCCCACGGUGGCAUCCCUGGCCACAGGCAGCGGUGGCGGCGGUGGCGGCAACGGAAGGGUGGCGGAUGCCGACGCGGACCGGGAGCUGUGUGUGCGGGCGAUGGCAGCAGCUUACCACGCCCACGCAGGCGCCAUCGGCCCGGUGGAUGGCAUCGCCCACCUGGCCGCCCUGCUAGAUGCCACACCCAGCAGGGCACUGCGGCAGCACCUGCUGCUGCUGUUUGAGGCUCUGGUGGGCCCCAGCAUCCUGGCCCGCACCUCCUCCUCCUCCAGCGCAGACAGCAACAGCAGCGCUGGCGGCGGGGCCAGCGAGGCCGCGGUGCGUGCGGCGCACGCCAAUGGCGUCGCGCUGGUGGAGGCCCGGGGCGUGCAGCUGAUGGUGGAUGUGCUGGCGGGGGCGCACGAGGCAUCGGAGCGCCCGGUGGCGGCGCUGCAGACCAACCUCAUCGCCGCCAGCAGCUACGCAGAAGAGAGCCGGGAGUGGUACUACUACCAUGCGGUACCGCUGACAGGUGCCGGGCAGCAGCAGCCGCUGCAGCAGGACGGGCAGCAGCGCGUGGGGCCGGUCAGCAAAGCCGAGAUUCGGCAGCUGCACAGCUCUGGCACCAUCAGCGGCGCCACGCCCUUCUGGACGGCAGGCAUGCCCGAGCCACUGCCGCUGGCGGCUGUGCGGGAACUGCGGUGGUGGGUGGCGCGAGGAAUAGGUCCUCUGACGGCGAUGCAGGCGGCAGGCGUCGCGCUGCGCGUGCUGCAGGCCUUGGCCGAUCAGCAGCCGGCGGUGGACCGGCAGAGCGGCCAGGUGCUGUUCCCGCUGCCGCUGGCGCACCGCCAGAUGGCGGCGCCGCCCUGCCUGCCGCACAUCGCUCAGGUGUUGCUGGCGGGAGAGCCCUCGCUGGUGGCUGGCGCCGCCACGCUGCUGCUGACGGUGCUGCAGCACAGCCCAGACGGGCUGGCCACGCUGCACCGCACCGGCCUGCACUUCUUUGCGCUCGCCUACUGCGGCAGCAACCUGCGGGAGGUGGCUCGCCUGCUCAAGGCCUGCCACCUGGCGGCCAGCACCGCCGCCGGCGCCGCCGCCUCUGGCCUGCCGCUGGCCAAGCGCAGCAUCUUGGGCGGCCUGCUGCCGGAGUCGCUGCUGCACAUGCUGGAGAGCUACGGCCCCGACCAGUUUGCCGCCGCCCUGGCCGGCGACUCCGACAGCCCGGAGCUGAUCUGGACGCACCGCAUGCGGGCGCAGCGCCUGGUGCCGCAGAUGCUGCGCCACCUUGGCGACUUCCCGCGGCGCCUGCGCGAGAGCUGCCAUGCCGUGUACGAGUACACGCCCUGCCCGCCUGUGGGCUACCCGGAGAUCGAGGGCGAGGUGUGGUGCCACCGAUACUACCUGCGCCAUCUGUGCGACGAGGCGCGCCACCCCGACUGGCCGCUGGCCGACCACGUGCAGCUGCUGCAGUCUCUGUUGGACGAGUGGCGCGCUGAGCUGUCGCGGCAGCCGCUGUCGAUGAGCGAGGCGGAUGCGUGCGGCGUGCUGGGCCUGCAGCCGCAGGCCGACGGUACGGUACCGGAGGAGGAUCUAAAGGCUGCUUACCGCAGGCUGGCCCGCCUGUACCAUCCCGACAAGAACCCGGCGGGGCGGGACAUGUUCAUGGGGGUGCAGGCCGCAUACGAGCGGCUGCAGGCGGGGGCUGCGGGCGGGCAGGGGCCGCAGCCCUGGCGCGUGCGCCUCAUCCUGCAGGCCCAGUGCGUGCUGUUCAGGCGCUGCCCCGAGGUGCUGGAGCCCUUCAAGUAUGCCGGCUACCCGCUGCUGCUGGCCACGCUGCCUGCUGGGCCGGCGGAAGAUGGCGCCCACGACGGCUCCGAUGCAGGAGCAGCGGGAGCGGCAGCGGCAGCUGAGCACUUUCUGUCGCCGGAAGUUGCGCCGCAGCUGCAGGCCGCCACCGAGCUCUGCUGGCUCACCUGCGCCUGCUCUCGGCUCAACGGCGAGGAGCUGACGCGGGCGGGCGGCCUGCGCCUGCUGGGCGGCCUGCUCAUGCGCUGCAUCGCAGUCGUGCCGGCUGACGUGGCGCCGCACCAGCCGGCGGCAGUGAUUGCCGCCCACGCGCUGCGGGCUCUGGCCGUGAUGGCGGCCUUUGAGAAUGCGCGGGCCGAGCUGGAGCACAGCCAGCAGCUGGUGUCUGACGUUGUGCGGUGCUGCGGGCUGCAGCGCGCACCUGCGGCGGUGGAGGCGGCCCUGCUGUGCCUGGCGCGCUGCUGCGCCAGCGGGAAGCUGCAGGAGCUUCUGCUGGCCCGGGGCAUGCUGGCCUAUGUGGUGCCCCUCCUGCUCUGCUACGACGCCACCCACAGCGAUGCCGACCGCGGCGACUCCCAGCUGCAGCACCAGCGCCUGCCCGGCGUGGACGACGCCCCCGCCAUCCUGCGCCUGCCGCUGCACCGCGCCAACGCCCAGGCCACCGCCAACCUGCACGCCCAGCUGGCUGCGCGCGCCCUGGCGGCGCUGGCUGGCUACCCGCCGCCGCCGGAGGGCGAGCAGAGGGAAGGGUCUGGCACGCCGGCCGCGGCCGCGGCGCCCACGCCGCCCUGCCCGCCGGCGCAGCGCACGCUGGCGGCGCUGCUGACGGUCACGCUGGCCCCGCGCCUGGGCGCCGCCGAUCCCCUGCCGCUACUGCGCGACCUUAAUAGCGCGGUACAGACCCCCCAUGCCAUCUGGAACGGCGCCAUGCGGCGCGAGCUGCUGGAGCUGCUGGAGGAGCAGCGGCGCACGGCGGCCGCCGCCGCCGCCACCGCGGAGCCCGCGGCGGCGGCGGCGGCCGCCGAGGCGGCCUCUGGGUUCACGUACCAGGCAUGCCGUGCCUGCUGCGCCUGCUACCCUGCCUGGCUACUUUUUCUUCGGGCGGGACAGCAAGGCCUACUGCUGUGCCUGGCUACGCUGCCCAAGCCGCAGCUCUGCCUGCGCGGCGAGCUUGUGGUGGCGGGCGUGUUUGUGCGCGUGUAUGUGGAGCAGCCAGACUUCCGCCUGGCCGACCCGCCUGCCUUCUGCAAGGCGCUCGUCACUUACAUCUACCAGCAGCAGCAGCAGCAGCAGCAGCAGCAGCAGCAGCAGCAGCAGGGCCAGGCGGCGGCAGGCCAGGAGGCGGCCGCGGACGGCGCCGGCGCCGGCGGCGACGGCCCGCAGCGGCGGCACCUGCUGCAGGCGCUGCGCGCGCUGAGGCUGGUGCUGGAGGGCUCGCCGCGCCUGCUGGGCCUGCUGGCCACCAAGCCGGCGGUGGACCCCCUGCUGGAGUGCCUGCGCCCCGCCUGUACCGCCGGCCUGCCUGGCGGUACCGCCUGGGCCGCCGCCGCGGCCGCCAGCAGCAGCGAGGCGGCAGCUGCGCUGGCUGCAUCGCCGCCCGUCUGGGCGGCGCCGCAGGCCAAUGCCGCGGCAGCCGACGGCGGCGGCAUCGGCGGCGUCAGCUCUGCUGACCUGGAGGUGGCGGAGCUGGCGCUGACGGUGCUGCUGCGCCUCACGGCGCACGCAGGCUGCAUCGAUGCCUUAUCCCAGGACAAAUGCUCCACCCAGGCCUACUGGCUGGCCCACCGGGCUCCCACCACAGCGCUGCUGAUGCUGGCGCUGCGCCUGCUGCACGCGCUGGCGGGCACCGCAGCGUGCGCCUGGGGGGCGGCCGCCCACAGCGGCACCCUGUACCUGCUCACCCUGCUGCUGCCCACAUACGCUGUGCCCGAGGAGGAGCGGGAGGCGUUUGAGGCGGUGCGCGUGGCUGCGGCAGCGCUGCUGGCGCGGCUGGCCGCGCACUCCCUGCACGGCGCACGCGUCACCCUCAUCCUCAGCAAGCUGCUGCCGCCGGGGCUGGUGUCGGCGAUUCAGGAUGGGCCGGGCGAGGCGGCGGUGGUUGCGCUGGGGCAGGCCAGCGAGUCGCCCGAGCGGGUGUGGAACCGCAGCAUGCGGGAGGCGGCGGCCGAGGAGAUUGCGCACCUGGCGGCGGCGGCCCGUGCCCAGCAGGCGGGCGGCACGCUGGAGUGGCAGCUGCCCGACGGCUUCCGCAUGCAGUACCAGGAACUGGCGGGGGAGCUGAUGGUGGGGGGCGUGUAUGUGCGGCUGUACCUCAAGGAUCCGCGGUACCCCCUCAGGAGCCCAAAGGCGUUCCUGGAGGGCCUGCUGGAGCGGUACGUGUCCCAGGUGCAGCGUGGUACGCCCGGCGCCAGCCUGGGCAGCCCCUCCAAGCCCUCCUCCGCGCUGGCGCUGGCCCCCGGCUCCGCGCCGCCGCCGUCGGUCGCCGCCGACGUGCAGCAGGCUGCUGCGGCGGCCGCCAUGGGCGGGGACCUGCCGCUGCUGCUGUCGGCGGCGGCGGUGGCGCUGCUGCAGGCGCAGCCCGCGCUGGGGGAGCACGCCGUGGCGCUGGGGUAUAUGGAGAAGCUGGUGCGGCUGCUGGCGGCGCGGGCGCCGCCGCUGCCGGCGGGCACCAUCACCGCGGAGCUCCUGGAGGGCGCGCCGCCGCUGCCAGACGACCUCAGCGGCUCCCUGCUGCGCCUGCUGCACCAGCUGGCUUCGUGCGGGGCGGCGGCCGAGGCGCUGGCGCGCUGCGCGCCGCCCGCGGUGCCGCCGCUGCUGGGGGCCAUGUGCUGGGGCACGGGGGCGGCGGUGCUGUCGCUGGAGACGCUCAAGCGAGCACUGGCGCCCUCCAACCGCUGGAGGGACAGCCUGGUCGCGGGCCUGGUGCCGCUGCUGCUCCACCGCCUCGACUGGCGGCACGGCCAGCGCGGCCAGGAGGGGCAGGAGGAGCGCGACGCCUCUGUGCAGCGCGUGCUGACCGUGGACCUGCUGAACCUGCUGGCGCUGGUGCAGCAGGAGGGCGGCGGCGCGCCCGGGGAGCGCGUGCGCGCACUGCUGGACGCCUCGGAUGUGUGGGGCGCGUACCGCGGCCAGCGCCACGACCUCUUCCUGCCGUCCGGCGGCAGCCACGCCAGCGGUGAGCCUCCUGAGGCGACACGCGCUGCCAGUGAGUGA